AUGUUUCGUCGGGGCCUUCGAGCCUUGAGUAAAUCCGCCGAGGCCGUACCUUUGGGCAACAAAGAGAACCUGCCCUCGGGAAACAAAGAAUCCUCGCCCCCGGGAAACAAAGAACACACCCCUCAGUCCACUCCAAAUGUGGGCCAACCGCCAUCGAGUCUCCAUCCCAUCAAGAUAUGGCUCAAGAACGUGGCUCGCCCUGUUGAUGGGUCCCCUAUCAACAGGGUGCGACCAGAAGUUGAUAAUAUAAAUUUUCAUAUCAAAUUUUCUGAAAGCUCAGAAUCGGGAUCCCCUCCAGCCUGGUUCAACGAGACGUGGGAUAAAGAUCCUGAGAUUCGACGUUUCCUGUGUAAGGACGAGAUUCCUCACGACCAGGUGCAUCAAGGAUUUCGUGCAACUCAUCACACCCCUCGCUACGAACCACACACCAUCAUCAAUCCACGUCCUUAUCCCUCCGCUCCUGCUACCCCGGUCCUGUCACAACCGGCGGCUGCAGCUUCAAAGCUCGACCAUUCCAAGGAGCCGGCAAGCUCCCCAUCACUCAACACCACGCCUGAUACGAUUGCUCAGUUUACCGAACAGGGCCAAAUGGCAACCUCAGCCCAAAAACGAGCCUUCCUCACCGAUGAUACAGAGCCUCAAUACCCGGCUAAGCGAGUUAAAGUCGAGCUAGACGAGUACCUCGAGGAUACCAACGUCAGUGAGGACGACAAUUGGGAUUCGGACCCACCCACCUCGCCUGAAUACAAGAUUUCUAGUACAAGUGACAGCGAUGUUAGCGAUUUCCCUUCUUCGCCAUGUGUACGGCGAGUGAAGAAAGCCUCUUUGCAUUCCUCGGUCAAGAAUGGCCGCUCGCUUAAGACCAAAGGCAAAGCUAGAAAGGCUAGGAAGAGGAAGUGGUCGGAUUCGGAUAGGUCAAUGUCUGAGCCGAGUGACCUCGACUACGAGAGCGAGGAAGAGUACUUCAUUCCAAGAGGAGAGCGCGACGACGAGCUGCUCAAUACUAAUCUUACCCGAGAAAGGGCAAAGCGCCUACUUGAAGCAAUGGAGCUCCCUCAAGGCCAUGACCUGUCACCAGACGAACAACGGACUGCCCAUCAACUUCUUACUCGUGGCUGCAUGCCAGCCAUCCAUAGACACUGGGAGAAGGAUUUCUCCACCCUUCCAGAGUCGCUGUUCUUUUCUGGGAAAGAUGAUGAAACAGAACUUAAGGAAUCCAAUUUUGUCCUUGGAAAUGAUAAAUGUUCAGAAUUUUACGCGAUUCGUGCCUUCCAAGAGACUUUGAAGAUAUGCGGCAAUGUGAGGGACUACUGCAAUAUUCUUGAGAUAUCUCCUGAGAUUUAUAUCAAAAAGUCAGUAGAGAAAUACCUGCGCUGGGCAUUGAGCGAUGCCGGUGUCAGAGUCCAGCCGGACACACCUCCUGUGCACGUCAUUUAUUGCAAAAACCAGGAUGAAAUGUCAAAAGAAGCCUUUAGCAAAGUCGCCACAGCAUUACAGAAGCUAUCGGAUACCUGGCAGAGCCAGCUCACUGCACCUCAUGAUGGCGAAAAAGUCUGGCCUGCAUUAAUCGGGCUCGUCCUCUGUGGACCUGUUCUUUCUGCCAUCUCUCUAGACACCAAUCCCAAUCCACAAACCCUAACGCGAGGAAUCAAGUUCCUUGGUCAUUUCGAUCUUGCAGAUUUUGAUAGUGAUGUAUGGAACACUCUAGCUGUCGCAAUCAUCGUUAUGCACAUCAGAAGGACCGUGAACAAGCUCGGGAAGGCCUACGGUAACAAGUUUGUGGCCUCGGUCUUUGAUGACCCUGCCAUGAGUUCAUCGGAUGCUGAUCUCUAA